GUUUCAGAUUUAAAUACACAGAUUUUCCUGUCUCUCAUUUACACUUGGCUGCAGAGAUGGAGAUGGCUUGCAGACUGACCCUGGCGCUCUCAUUGGCCAUGUUUGUGGGAGCAACCAACAUGAACCCCGGGUUUGUGGUGAGGCUCACCCAGAAAGGGCUGGAUUAUGCCCGGCAGGAAGGCAUGGCCGUGCUGCAGCAGGAGCUCUCCAAGAUUCAUUUGCCCGACUUCUCUGGUUCUACCAAAAUUGCCCAUAUAAAAGCCAAGUACAGCUUCAACAGCAUGGUCAUCCGCAGCUUCCAGAUACCAAGCUCCCAAAUAAGCCUUGUUCCCAACGUUGGCCUGAAACUGAGCAUCUCAGGGGCUUUUAUCCAGGUGGAUGGCAAAUGGAAUGCUCACUACCUAGUAUCAGAUAAAGGAAACUUUGACCUGAAGGUGGAGGGGCUCAGCAUCUCUGUUGGCCUCCAGCUGGGAAGCGACGCAUCUGGGAGACCCACCAUAUCCUCUUCUGAUUGCAGCUGCCAUAUCUCGGAUGUCAAGAUACACGUGUCUGGGAAGUUCAGAUGGUUGGUGGAUGUGUUCCAUAAAAGUAUUGACAAUGCCUUAAGGAAAGCAAUUGAGGGCCAGCUCUGCCCAGUGGUUACUCAGUCCAUUACAAACAAACUCCAACCACUUUUACAGACUCUGCCAGUCACAGCCCAAAUUGACCAUGUAGCAGCAAUUGACUACUCCCUGACGGGGCCUCCAACUGUGACAGCUCAGUCCCUGGAUGUGCAGUUAAAGGGGGAAUUUUUUGACAUUGCCCAUCGGACAACACCCCCUUUUUCACCUCCACCCGUGCCCCUCCCUGCAGAGCAGAAUCUCAUGGUUUAUUUUGGAGUCUCUGAUUACCUGUUCAACACUGCUGGCUAUGCCUAUUAUUCAGCUGGGAAGUUUGAGUCUUAUAUCACCGAUGACAUGAUUCCCAAGAACUUCAGCGUUCAUCUGAACACCUCCUCUUUUGGGAUUCUCAUACCUCAGCUAUCGAAGAUGUACCCAAACAUGCCCAUGAUCCUGAAGAUUUACACUCCCUCGGCACCAUUUCUGACCAUAGAACCAGGAAAUCUUACCACCUCGCCCAUAGUGGCCAUUCAGGCCUAUGUCCAGUUCCCCAACGCCUCCCUGGCACCUCUGUUUCUCCUUAACCUGACAACUACCGUUUUGGUGAAAGUAUCAGUAAAUUCAGGGAGAAUUGUGGGUAGCCUGGAGCUUAGCAGGAUAAAGAUGGAGCUCGUUCAUUCAGAUGUUGGACCCUUUCCGGUAGGAAUUUUAAACACAGUUGUGAACUAUUAUAUCUCAAGCAUAAUCCUUCCUGAGGUCAAUGAAAUUUUGCAGAAAGGCUACCCACUGCCGCUGCUUGACCACAUUCAACUCACAGAUGUCAUCAUAAAGCCCUCUGAGCACUUUCUCCUCUUUGGGGCAAAUGUUCAGUAUGGAUAAAUAAUAAACGCAAGAGGAUGGCUCAUUUUAACCGUAUGAAGUAUCAGGAAGUCUUCUUUGUUUAUCUGCAUAUAUUCCCUGGCCUGGAUGGAACCUUCUACAUAAACUGCAAUUGAAGAGGAGUAUUGCAUUCCUCCCAACAUAUGUAAUUAGAAAACUGGGACAUUUUAGGCCAUGCCUAACCUACAACCCCACCUACAACCUAGUAAGCACAGAGCCAUUUGGGGGCCACACUUCCACCCUAAAACAGCCCCAUUCAAGGUAGCAUGCUGGUGAUUAUACAUAAUUUUAUAAUACAAUUUUGUAAAUUGUUUACUCUUUCCUCUAUUGCACUCUACAUACAUAUGUUGUUUAUUUAAUAAACAGCUGACAAUAAAGAGUUAUAUUCAUUUAAACCUGCAAAGUAUUUUAGGGCUAACCCUCAGUAGCAGAGAGAGGUGGUGAACCACAAGUUGUAUCUUUGCUGAACCAAGGCCAAGUAUUGGGGCUGUCAAAAUCAUACAGGCAGGAUUAUUGGCUUCUGACUAAAUCGAUCAUAGUGUGUGUGAAUGUGAUAGGGACCUUUGAUUGUAAGUUUCUCUGUGGCAGAAUGAGGAAUAAUCUCUGUAAAGCGCUGUGGAAAUGUUUAUGUAUAUAAAUAACAGUAAAUAAAUGAAAUAAAUAAAGGUUCUGUGCUCUCCAUGCAUGUGUAUAGAGUCAGUCAGGAUACUGGCUUGACCUGGAAGAUGCGGUGUUCUAAGAGCAGGGGCUUGAAAUUAUGUGUGAGUUAUGUGGUGUUGACUCGACUUUACAUUACUGUCUAUGGAGAUCAGAUUUUAUUGUGUGCUGUUACAUGAAGGCUCAGAUAUAAUCUGUCCCACAAAAUCUGAUGAAAAACGUUUGUGAGUUUAGCCCUAACAGAAAAUGUAGAAAUGUCAAAAUGAUACAGAUCCCAGUAAUUCUCUGGCUAAUGGUUGUAAUGUUUUUGUUGAUUGUUGCAUUUGUUCCUGACACAAUAAAGUUUUAAAAUAAAAA